AGGGGCGAUUCGGCAUUUUCACGCCAAAUCGAGUUCGACUUUUUGCCGGGCACGAUGUCACGCUCCGAUCUCGCGAUCUUGUGAAAGAGAGCAAACGCGAGGACAUCGAUCGUGCAUCACUGUGAUGCGUUUAUCCCGCUGGAUCUCCCUGGAGUCUCGUUGGGUUCUGAGCCGUCGUUGAACGGGGGUAUGGCGUUACACAUACAUCCCGAUAAACGUCUCUGAAGCCUCCGGGGCGCCUGACUUGGAGGCGGCGCGACGUGGAGAUCGGUCGUCUACGUCGCUCUACAUUCAACAACGUCGUGAAACAGCGCUCGGAAUCGCGAGUUAAGUGAUCUUUUCUCUGUCGUCGUUAUUUUAUCAGCCUCGUGAACGCUGUUUUACAAUUCUUCUUCAGUGAAACUUCAAUGAAGAGAGAGAGAGACACGACAGCGAAGGUUGACACGAGCCGCCCAGCUGUUCCGAAGCCUUCAAUGUCUGACAAGUUACGGACGUGACCCACUGACCGAGUCGAUUAGCAGCUUGGAGAACGCGCGUCGGUCGAUUGCGCGACCAAGGAAUUUGACGAAUGAGAAAUAUUCACAAGCUUUGGAGCAGGUCAUCAAUACUGACGAAGAACGAAUGGAGAAUAGAUGGAAAGAAACAGACGGCGAUCUAAAGAAGAGAUUUAAGCCAUAGAUCGCGGAAGGGAAGCAAGAUAAAUAGACCAACAGAAGGCAAGAUAAAUUCGGCGGCUGCGGUUUCCGGACGGUGCUGGGCGACGAUGUGGGAGCAUUAGCGGUCCAUUGGAGACAAUUAGAUAAUGUCUGGUGUUCCUCGGGCCGGAAGGAUGAUCCGGAGGCGAUCGAAAAUAGAGUUAUGUUCUCUCGGCGGUUUACGAAACGCUCGAGCCCAUGACAACAUCGUCGCGAAGGCGAAAGCGGAUUAGAACAUCGGCGCGGAUACUCGCACGCACUCGUGGAAAUAGUUUUUUACGGACGUGACGUCGGAGGACGGGUUCUAAGGUCUCGGUCGAGACUAGAAUGCAGAGUAGUGUGGUGCGACCUGGUCCUCGUCGGGAAGUUGCUGGAGCGUUUAAUUCGAUCGCUCAAGCGAGAAGCGCGAUCGCUUCGGCGAUGCCUCACGUGGCUCGUAAAUGAAAUCAAUCAUGUGCUUUGUGUGAAGUGGACUUUGUAAUUGUGAAAAUAGAAAUCCUAAGUCCGACUGAGAGACUUGACAGCUGAAGAUACUUCUUGGCGCCUGUCGAGAAAGUCUUGUUGAUGUCAACGUAAUCGAUGCACGAGUCAAGAUCUUGUACAUCUUCACGCAAAUUACUAAAGACAAAGGAAUGGUCUCGAAUCAGGGAAAAACAUUGACACAAUGUAUCGGAAUCCGACAGCAACGUCGCACGUGAUCCGGAAUCCCAUGGCGAACCUUUAUUAGGGUGCCGGAACCGUCCGAAGGACUCUGCAAUACCAUUCUUCGAGAUAAAUCAAUGUUAUCACUCGACCGUGUUGUCGACGAUGAGCUGAGUCAACCUACGGUCCCAGUCAGCGAAAAUCAAACAAGGUGGAAUUUUGCGCCCUUGUCCGUCCGAGUUUGAUCCGAAUUGGCGAGAAUCGAUCAUGAAGCUGCGAUUGUCGAGAACGCGAAGCCAACGAAUCUUUCCGCCAGUCAACGUCAUCAAUGUAGCUUCUCGCUCGUCGAUCCAACAGAAACGAUAAAGGAAGCGGGAUAUUAGCGAGCAAUGAUGAACGUCACGGCGGUCCUUCAGGAUCUGGGAUCCGCAAGGGGCGGACGGCUGAUGGGACCACGUUCCACGAUCGACAUCGCGAACGUCAGCUUUAUGAGAACUACUACGUCGCGAUACGAGAACUACUCCAGCGCGAUCGUCGCUUUUCUGAAAGAGGACAGCAUGUCGGAUCGCCGGGACUCUCUGUACAUCGUGCUGCCGAUCACCGUGAUCUACGCGGUGAUCUUCUUCACCGGCGUGAUUGGCAACAUCGCCACGUGUGUGGUGAUCGCGCGCAACAAGUCCAUGCACACCGCCACCAAUUACUAUCUCUUCAGCCUGGCGGUGUCCGAUCUGCUGCUGUUGAUCUCCGGUCUGCCACCGGAAAUGUACUACAUAUGGUCGCACUUCCCGUACAUCUUCGGCGAGGCGUUCUGCAUCAUCCAGAGCUUCGCCGCAGAGACCUCGGCCAACGCCACCGUCCUCACCAUCACGGCUUUCACUGUCGAGAGGUACGUGGCGAUCUGUCAUCCCUUCAUCUCGCACACGAUGUCGAAGCUAUCUCGGGCGGUGAAGUUUGUGGUGGCGAUCUGGCUGCUGGCGCUGUGCCUCGCUGUACCGCAGGCCAUCCAGUUCGGCAUCAUCUACGAUUACGCCGAGAACGACACUGCGAUUCCGGACAGCGCGAGGUGCUCCCUGCAGUGGACCUUGAUCGAGCAUGCCUUCGAGAUCUCGACUAUCCUGUUUUUCGUGAUGCCGAUGUCGAUCAUCACCGUGUUGUACGUGCUGAUCGCCAUCAAGCUGAGACGUUCCAGCCUGCUCACCGCCUCCGUCAACAAGCGGCAUCACGUACCCGGUGGACUGAAUCAGGACAGCAACAGGAGCAAGACGAACGCUCAGAGAAAUGUCAUCCGCAUGCUAAUUGCAGUGGUGGUAGCCUUCUUCAUCUGUUGGGCACCGUUUCACGCUCAGAGACUGCUGGCUGUGUACGCUCAGGGAAGAGCAUCCGAGCCGGAAGAUGCCCUGGUCUUAGUCUACACCACCCUCACGUAUGUCUCUGGAGUGUUCUACUAUCUGUCCACAACAGUGAACCCACUUCUCUACAACAUCAUGUCUAAUAAGUUCAGGGAAGCCUUCAAGUCGAUGUUGCCCAAGAACUGCGUCGGGAAGCGCUCGUCCCAUAGGAGUCAUCGACAGCCGACUUACAGCAGUCUGUCCCGGUACCAGAGAUCGAUGAAGCAUCGGUUCGAGCACUAUUCACCCUCGAUAUCCAUCAGUGAGGAGCAGCAGCGAUUGACGCACAUCGCGUUAACGAACGCGAACUCCUGCGGGCCAAACGGACUUGCGAAGUCACAGAGCGAGCAACAAAUACGACCCGCCACUAUCAUUGCAACCAGAGAAACAGCCGGAUGUCGGGAGUACGUCAGAAGUAUGUCCAGAGGAUCCAACUCCAGUCAGAUCACCAUGAUGACGUCGCUGAACAACGAGGGCAACAACAAUGUGGCCGCGAGCGAGUGUCUGCUGAGGAUACACAGAUCGCCAAAAGGCGUCACUUUAGCAGGAAUUCUCACGGGGAAGCUAAGCCUUGGCACGAAAGGGUUCUUCACGCACCACCGGAAGAACUCGGUGAACAGCGCGCCGAAACCAACGAAGACGGGAAACGCAGCAGUUGCAUCGCUGCCGCGAUUCCAGAGUCACCCGAGCAUCGAGAGCGCCAACACGAUCAGCAACUCCAGCCUGCAGGACCUCGACAAGACCGAAUUCACCGGCUCGGAGCUGGCGCAAUACAUGGCCGAGUUGAAUUGCGACCUGGUCACCUGACAUCCUUCCUACCAGGUGGAACGUCGUCUCUCGAGUUAGACGUCUCAAACUGAUGCGACCAACUCUCUGGAUGUGGAACCAUAGACUCGUGCGAGGUCUCUUCUUGCGAGAAUCUGAAGAGGGAAGAUACGAGAUUUGAUGUACAGUGUGUAUACAAUAUUAUUAUCCGUAACAUUCAAGUUUCAAGUCCGUGAAAAUGUACUGUCGGCGAUCGAAGACUCAAACAAACUGCAAAUUUAAUUGCAACACGCGGCAUUGCGUUGGAUCUGGAUUGGUUGGCCGGACAAUAAGCGAGACUGUUACGUCAGCGGGAAAAAAAUGAAUCGGUAAAAGUGUCGAGUGACGAACGUUAUCGUGUUGAUAACGUAACAUUGUAGCAUGUAAUCACGCGAUGCGGUCUGUCAAGAUGUUAAUGCGAAAGAGAACUUCUUGCUUAUUGUUCGUUGAUAUCUGUAUCUCGUGAUAAAGCAGAUUGCACAACAACGUGAUUUGAACGCUAAUUGCAAUCAAAGACUCAAAAUCAUCUAGACUCGCGAAAAA